GCAUUUGUUUUAAAUAUUCAAUAUGGCUGACGGGGGAGUAGUGAAUCAGAGUGCAGGACCAGACUCUUUUAACAAUCUUUCUGCAUCAAAUAGUAGCACAAUGGAGAAUGGGGAAGUAGCCAAAGAUGUCCAAACAAAUGGACUGGAAUCUCAGAAGCAAGCGAUGCAGAUGACAACCAGCCUAACUAAUGCACAGUCACAGGCUCUGCUUCAGCAGUUGACCAUGGCACCCAUGCAGCAGCAGCUGUUCCUCCAGCAGGCCCUGGCAGCGGCCGUGCAGCAGCACUCAGCCUCCCAGCAGAACGGCACCACAGGAGCAGCCAUCUCUGCCUCGGCAGCCACCCCUAUUACCCAGCUGCCCCUGUCCCAGCCCCUGCAUUUCGCUCCACAGCUGCAGCAGCAGGGUCUACAGCAGUUUGUAUUGGUGCAGCCAGGCCACCCUAUAACUACUCAGCUACAGCCCACCCAGUACAUCAUCUCCCAGAACGCACAGGGUCAAGCCAGUUUCCUCCAAGCCCAGAACCUUGUCACCCAGCUACCUCAGAGCCAAGCCAACCUCCUGCCCAACAAUACAAACAUCACCCUCACCACACAGCCUUCCACGCCCACACGGACCAUCGCUGCCACGCCCCCAACCAGGACUCUAGCCGCCACCCCCUCCCAGAUGCAGGGUCCAGUCUGCAAGCGCGAGGAAACGACCUACAUGGAUGAUGUCAACGAGCUGGAAGAGCUGGAGCUGUUUGCCAAGGCCUUCAAACAGAGGAGGAUCAAACUGGGCUUCACUCAGGGUGACGUGGGUCUGGCCAUGGGGAAGCUGUAUGGGAAUGACUUCAGCCAGACCACCAUCUCUCGCUUUGAGGCCCUCAACCUGAGCUUCAAGAACAUGUGCAAGCUCAAGCCACUGCUGGAGAAGUGGCUGAACGAUGCAGAGCACGUGAAUACCGAGACCAGCUCCAGCCCCCUGAACUCCCAGUCCUCCCCCAGCCUCGCCCUGGAGCUGCUCAACCGCCGACGCAAGAAGAGAACCAGCAUCGACACCAACAUCCGCAUUGCCCUGGAGAAGAGCUUCAUGGAGCAGAACCAGAAGCCCAGCUCCGAGGAGGUCACCCAGAUCGCGGACCAGCUCAACAUGGAGAAGGAAGUGGUCCGCGUCUGGUUCUGCAACCGCAGACAGAAGGAGAAAAGGAUCAAUCCCCCCAGCAGCAGCGCUAACAAGGCCCUCUACUCCUCCACCAAAACCAUGGUGAGCAGCAACGGCAGCCUGGUCACCAACGUAGCUCAGACCACUGUGGCUAACUCCACCAGCCCCAGACUCACAGGCCCUGGGAUGAUGGGCGGAGCCACCUCUGUCCUGACACCAGUCAUUUCCAGUGCCUCUUCCACCGGGGCCAUCACCCCUGUCUCCACGAUGGCAAUGUCACAGCCGGCCGUUGUCAUGACCACGCAGGCACCCUCCAUGGCUGCAGGUUUCCAGGGCAACGGCGGUCUGGCUGCAAUGGCAGCGGUAGCAGCUGGGAUAAUGCCGCCAUCUCAGUUUACCACAGGUGGGGCCUUCCUGAACCUGUCCAAUGGAGGACUAGGUUCAGCACUGGCCACCAUCCAAGGUUUGUGGAGUGCUCUGGCAUCUAACGGAGCCCUCCCUGCCAUCACGUCCAUGGACGGGAAUGGGAACUUGCUAUUUGCCAAUACCAGUGCUGGCUCCACCCCCAACCUGAUGACCACACCCCUGUUCCUCAACCCCCAGAGCCUUUCCCUUUUUGCUGGCAGCCCUGUCAGUAUGAUGCCCACAGGGGGAGGCGGAGCCCUGAACCUGCAGGUCUCGGCCAAUGGGACUAUCAGCACCGUAACAGCACCUGUCAACACCAUCACUACCGCCUCCAAGGCCCAAUGAACUCAUGGCCACGGCCCCUCCCACCUACUUACUGAUUUUUUUUUUGUUCUUUAUUAUUUUGCUAUUACCAAAAAGUCAUGUUGUGGGGGGGAAAAGUUUAUUGGAAAUUAUUUGUUAUCUUCUUUGUUUCUGACA